UGCUAUCUCGGUUUGAGAUUGCCCCGUUUAGAAAUUGAGAUUGUUUCUUCUUCUCCUUCCUUUGGUCAUCCCAAAAUUACGCAAUUGGUGACGGAAGGUUAUAUAACCCGCCGAAUGCAGCUGGCGGCAUGCUGUCAGAGGGUGACAUCAGCGACGGCGCCUCUACCACUAAGGAUAGAGACUCUGCGGCGAGAGUGGUGGGCGAAGGUGGAGAUGGAGUGGCGAUGUUCCUCCUCUUGCUGUUGCGUAAUUUUAGGCUCUCUCGAUUGAUUUUGUGUAUUUUGGAAGUUGCGAUUUUUCCCAGACUUUUAUCGAUAAAACGAAGACCCGUUUCUCCAAUCUUUUAUGACAACCUUUCACCCAUUCUUUCUCAGAUGGCUUAAGACCCACCUUGAAAUUGAAAAUGAAUACCCAUUUCUCUCUAUUUCUCUAAUUGCUUAAUACCCACCUUGAGAAAAUGAAACCAAUUUAUUCCUUUACCAGAUCUAUAAUUUCCACACCCGUUCCUCAGAUUUUGAUCUUCUGCCUUACGACAAGACUCUGACAAGAUCAAAAUGCACCAGCGAAAACCAUUGAUCUCAUCGUUCCCAAAAUCCCAAUUCGAUAGCCACCAAAAAUUUGGGUAUCCUCAAUUGCAGUCACUACGCAGAGCUUAAUGAUGAAGAUGAAAUUCCAUUAAAAAAAAAAGAUUGCAACAAAUUGCAAUACUUGCAAAGAAAUAAUAAAACAAAAUCUUGUGUUUGAAUACUGAAAUCAUGAAUUUUUGGGUGACAGGAAAAGGUAGAGAAAUAAAUAAACUGUGAAAUUAAAAAAAAAAUCAGAAAAAAAAACCAGGUUUUUAGAGAGAGAGGAAAGAGACGGUGACCUGGGUGUUUGUUUUUAGAGAGAGAGGGUGGUGGAUGUCUCUGUUACUAUUUAUGAUUUUUUUUUCUCUUUCUUUCGCCUGUACUGAUUUCGAUUAGUAGAAAAUAAUUUUUUUUCUUGGAGUAAAUUUAUGAGAAAUUUUUUAUAUGUUUCUUUGUAAAUGAAUCAUUCCUGCUAUGUGUACAAAGAAAAUGGUUAGUUUUCAAAUGAAUGAUUCGGGGAUCCCCAAUUUUCUCCUACAGAAGAAAAAGUCGUAAUUUUCUCCCACAAUCGAGUCUCUCUUAAAAAAAAUGAAAAACAAAGUUCAUUGUAUGAAGAACCUUCCCUUAAGAUGAGAAGAGAGAUAAAGAAUGAUAUCAGAGAGCGUAAAUGUCUUUUUUAAGUGAAAGGGAAGGGAGAUAAAGAAGAAAUAGAAACUAAUGAAAAAGGCAGGGACAAAUAUAUAAUUUCAUACAAAAGCGAGACAGCACAAGAUUAAAAAACAUGGAUUUUAAAAACGUUCAUUAAAAAAUAAUUCAACUCAAAAACUUAACUUAAAUUUUUGCAGACAGAUAUCACAUGUUAGAGUUUUUUUUAGAUGAGAUUAAAAAUUCAAAUUGAAUUAAAGCAUUUCGGAGGAGGGAGUACGGCAGAGGAAAGUACUCGGGCGAGUGGCGCGACCAGGAAUCGGUUGGGGCGAUGGAAUCGUACAUUGUUAGAUGCUCCCAUGGCAGGAGUCUCCUUAGGGCCUUCAAACCCGUCCCCGUUUCUCUCAAAACGCGCCUCUGUUCUAACACGCCCAUCCGAAACGUCGGUGGAGGGUCACUUAAUAGUCUAACUAGCAGUACUGCUGAGAUAAAGCAAGGAUUUAGGCGAGCAUUUUCUGCUCCAUGGCCUCAAAAGCUUCGUUACCAGGGAGAUGGAAGGCCAUUUUGGAAACUUGUCGUUUCAGAAGCCACUGGUUGUGCCGAUGAUAGUUACUUUGAAGAAGUCUAUCAGUACUAUGCAAAUGGUGAUGCAUGGCAUCUUCCACAUGGGGCUUAUGAAACUCUGAUCAUUUUGAAAGACGCUGGAGUUAAGGUGGCUGUUGUGUCCAACUUUGACACUCGCUUAAGGAAGCUGUUGAAGGAUCUAAAUGUUUUGGAUAUGUUUGACGCUGUUAUAAUAUCGUCAGAAGUUGGAUAUGAAAAACCUGAUGGAAAAAUAUUUGAGACUGCAUUAGAUCAAAUUGACGUCACAUCAGACAAAGCAGUACAUGUUGGAGAUGAUCUGAAGGCAGAUAAGGAAGGAGCAAAUGCUGUUGGAAUAGCUUGCUGGACAUUCAAAAUCGGGUUCUUGUCCGAGAUUCAAGCUUUUAAGCAGUCGACGUCAACGGGAUAUAGAUUCGGCUGGGUUCUCUUCUGAACUGUCCUUUUUAUUUGGGUCUUUGAUAGGCAAAAGUACGGUUUUUGCCUCCAUAAUUUUGUGUUUGUUGUUGGAGUGACAUUGAAUGUUAGGAGCAUAAUUUGUGUGAUGGAUGGAUAGAAUUGGUAUUAGUUGAAGUUGUAAUAAAAUCUACCAAUUAUAGUGACAGAAUGAAUUUGAAGGCUCAAAA